AUGGGUAUCAAAACCUGGAUCGAGCGAAACGGCGGCAAAUACUCUGCGAAGAUCAACAAGAGCGUCACCCACCUCAUCGCCAGUAAAGAAGCAUACAAGAAACCCGCCGACGCUGUACAACAAGCCACCGACCUCAACAUCCACGUAGUCAGCUAUGACUGGUUCGACGACUCAUUGCAAGCGAAGAAGAAGUUGGGCACUAGGAAGUACACGUGGGAGGUGCUUAUGAAAGAGAGGAGGAAGAAGAAAGAGCUCAAGAGGAUAGGUACUCUGGCCGAUGGCAGUAAGUUCAGGAAAGGCUGUGAGAACAUCAAAGGGUUGACUGGAUCAGGUACGUUGAAAACAUCUCGUGUUGUUGCGAGAAAGCCGAGGAAGAGCAAGAGCUUCUUCUUUGCCACGUCUGCCCCGUCAGUUCCUUCAAUCCCCUUCAUUUCCGCGAAAGAAGACCUCUUGCGUAGGAGGGCGGAAAGGGAGGCUGCAUUGGCUGAGGAUGCUGGAGCUGGAGCUGGAGCUUGUGAGGACCGGGCAAAGAACCCUGAAGUCAUCAAUGACACCCCGAGCCCGGCAAAUCAAUUCUCAAAGCCUGUCGUUUCAACCCAGACACCUCCCAAGAAGCCUGAGCCCUCCGCUACCUCCAGAAAAGUUUCACAGGCUAAGAUUUCUCGUCACUGGAAAGAGGACUACCAUUACUAUCAAGAUACGGACGGCUUCGAGUACAAGAUUGUUCUUGUACGCCAGGACAAUCCCUCCCUUCAAGUUGGUUCUGCACAUGUAAGUUCUGACCGUAUAAACUGCCAAUAA